CUGUAAUUGGGGGAGUACGAAAUGGUGCAAUCUGCAAUCUCAAACAUCUUGAGCACUUCUCUGGUAUAUGCGAUAAUGAGGAUCUUUCUGCUACAUGAGCUGUGCGUCAUAUGAUCUAUUGGCCAAUAGGAAUAUUCGAGGCAACGCUAUAGUUAACUAAGUAAGUUGUAUGCGAAAUAUCUAUGGAUGAGCAAUGCGAACCUUUGGAACUAAUCGCAUCGCAUAGAAGGGGAUGAGUUAAACCGACUACAAACAUACACCGAGACGAGAGCCUCCUAACAUAACUCGACCAUACAAAUAACUACCUAAUAUUUAUGCAAAUGCCUUCCGAUCUCCUAUCCCAAUAGACCGAUGGACGACUAUCCGGCGGGUAGCCUGGACCACAAUGUCCCAUUCCUCGUCGUCUCUGGCCUGAGCACUGCUCCUACCAAGUCUCCUAUAACAGAACCCAGCUUAAGAGAGCAGGCCAUUCUUGUCCGAUCAGAGAUACCUCCUGUAGAGAGUCGAGAGGCUAAGGUUAUUCUUCGAUGCAUUCUAGAGAAGGACGCCACCGGUCUACCGUGGAAUUCCCAAGACACAUCGAAGAGAUACAAAUUUAAGAUCAAACCUAUCGGGAGAGAAUUCCUACUACCACCUCGUCACGCUCGUCUCCCUGAAAACUUCGAGGAGCCUUCAUCGCCCCUUAUUCUUCAUUCUCCAUUCUCUCCCCUUAGUCCCGGUUCUAGUCUAUAUCCAGAUGGUUUAAUAGAUACGCGAUGGCUUCAAAAGCACCAGGAACUCGUCCCUAGUAUAUGUUUGACAUUCUACAGUUUAACCUCUGAUCCUACGCUCGCUACCCUACACGAUAACCAACUUAAGGCGGACAUAAAUGCAGUGAAGAAUGCUAUUGGUCAGUCUGGUCAUAGAUGUCGGCUUGUCGUGGUUAUACUCAGUGACCAGUCACCAAGUACCGUAGGCCAGUUUCAAGAAAGACUGGAGAAUGUUAGAAGGAGCACUGGAUUGGACCCGAAGAAUUCACUUUUUGUUCUGCCUACUCAACGACCUGAGGCAGAUCUAGAGAAUGCUGUCGAUAGUGUUCUGACCGCAGUAUUCGAUCAAGCGACCGAAUAUUAUCGCGAUCUUGGUAGACAUGCGCGUAAGAAGAAGGCAAGGGGAUAUGCGCCACAGCCGACUAUUCCCCCUACAACCGGCACUUCUCACACGUUAUCUUUACAAGGUUGGAAUGUUCGGUACGACUUCAAAACAGCCGUGUUUGCGGAGUACCGCCAGGAGAUAGACAUUGCUGUACGUGCUUACGAGCAAGCAUACGACACUUUACUGGGUGCGGACGUUCUCGAGACAAUUCCGGGAUGGAGCCCUAGGUUUAAUGAUGCGCGGCUUUUAGCUGAUAUAAUAGCUAUACGAUCCUUAAAAUGCUUACUGUGGACCGGCCAAAGCACUGCCGCUGUCAGGAGAUGGCAAUCACAUCACGACAGGAUAUGUGAUCUGGUGGAUAGAAGGGGACGAGGAACGCAGAAUUAUGGGUGGAAAGCCUGGGAAGCGAUAUGGAGUAGGGUCAUGGCUAAUCUGAUCGAAAAAGUACAAUUCCCAGAAUUAGAACCAUCUGCUAACCUACCAUAUCGCCCACCGGAAAAGACUCUUUCGGCGGAGCGUCUGCAGCCAUGGGAGCUUCUUCAUCACCAGGGGUAUUGGUAUCGAGUUGCUGCGCGACAUUUAUCUAAUAGACGAAGGCUAGCGUUAUCAAUACCCGAAGAUGAUCGAAGAUCACCCGACCAAUCCUCGGCAUCUCAGCUGAGUAAAGGGUAUAGAUAUGACACUUAUAUGUGCCCUGAGCCUCACCAAGAAGUUCCAUCGGUUGGGAUGGGUGUUAAUCAUAGCCAAUUGAUUUUCGACCACUUAAUGCUAGCACGGAACGAGUUCCAGAAGCGACAUCAAAUUCGGACGUCAGCAGAAUUGGCGCUUGAGGGUGCGAGGGAGCUUGAGAGGAUGCAAAAAUGGAAAGAUAUCAUGAACCUAUUAGCCCCUCUGUGGAGAGAUAUGUUCUUCCGCACAGAGGGUCGGUGGGACAUCAUGGAAGCAGUGUGCUGGACACUGCGGGGUGCAGCUGUGAAAGUUGGCCAAAAAGAUCUGAUCGUCGCUAUUGAUUGGGAACUUCUUAAUAGGGGAUUUUCUAGGCGACCAGGUUGGCAUUACGACAUAACGAAGGCAUUAGAUGGUGUGGCUGUAGAUGGACAACCCAUUAUUAAUAUCAGCGACGAGCAUGUAAAAUCAUUCAUACAAGCUUCAUUCAUUUUUAAGAAUGAAGAAGGAAAAGCGGGUCAGAGUUGCCCUGCUCAACUUUCGAUCACAUCUAAUGCUUUCCCGGAUGCUGCGCCAGUGGUCUUCAGCGCGAUCCGAGUUGAGUUUGAAGGCAGUCUACGCACUAUACAACUAAACCAUGAAGCCGGAGAUAAGCAAACACCGACAUCUCCAAAAGUUCGGGUCACAAAAACAGCUUUAGUGGAAACCGAAACCAACGACGAUGAGGAUUCCGACGAUUCUUCUGAGACGGGCUCUCAAGCAACUACUGUUAUUCUAGAGGGAACAGAUGACUUGACCGUGUUGCCAGGUCAGACGCGGGUCUUUGAGAUGGACGUCGCGUUACGUGAGCCCGGUGAUGCAAAUGCAUCUUCAAUAAAGAUGUCAGUAGCUCCGAAAGCUUUCACGCUGAGAUACACCGUUGGGUUACGAGAAACGAAUUCGGUAGGCCUGUGGUAUUCUCAAUCAUCGUCGAGGAAGAAAAUUACACGGACAAAUCCGCACAAAAUCAACGUCCUCCCAAGACCUCCUAAGAUGGAGGUCAGACUCGUGAAUACACUUGAGCAAUAUUACGCAAGUGAAUCUAUCGAGCUUGAAUUGGAGAUCCUUAACGAAGAAGAUGCAGACGCAAUCACCAAAUUAGAUGUACUAUUAUCCGGGCAUGACGUUCCCAGCUUCAAAGUGCAGGAUCAGGACGGUGGAGAAUGGUCAAGUUCCACAGAACCCGCAGAAUCGAAACUUGACGGAAUACUGCUUGGAACAAUAUCAAGUUCUAAGUCUAUCAAGGCUAAAAUUAUCCUUGAUCCGGCCAAGGGACCUAUCGUGUGUAACCUAAUGGUGAAAGCACGGUAUCACCUUACGUCAGAUCCAGGGACACCGAUCAUCCAGCAGGAAACUUACCACCUGAACAUUGUCAAUCCAUUUGAGGCGAGCUACGACCUGUCUCCUAGGUUACAUUCCGAGUGGCCGAGCUAUUUCAAUCUUGAAGACACCCACCGGGCGGUCGAGGAUGAUCAAACCGUUGACUCUUAUCGAGGACUAGCACAGAAAUGGUCUCUUGCCACGCGUUAUGCCUCCUUUGCACAUGAAGACCUAGCUAUCCUAGAUCUCGAUGUCAACAUUCUUUCUACACAGGGAAAUGUGCGUUGCACGACGUCAAAGUCUCAGGCAACAGCGGGAGAUGGCGUUACGAUUAGCCCUAAAACGAUCGAGGAAGCACAAUUCGAGCUCAUCGCUCAGAAACGUGACCUUGACGACAGAUCACCGGCUACAGCUGACCUCGCUCUCAUCAUCAAAUGGCGGCGUCUUACCUCGCCCGAGGAUACGAUAAACAUCACUACAUUACCACUCCCACGCUUCUUCGUAACGACGUCGGAGCCCCGCGUCCUAGCCGGCGUGUCGUAUUACGCACCGCCGCCCGGUUCCUCAUCAUCGGCCGAGCAACUCCUAUUCCUGGACAUCACGAUCGAGAACCCCUCCUCGCACUUCCUGACUUUCGGAUUGAUGAUGGAGCCUAGUGACGAAUUUGCGUUCUCGGGAUCGAAGACAACGACGCUGAAUGUGCUGCCGGUCGCCAGGAGGACCGUGACCUAUAGGUUACUGCCACUGGUACGAGGCGCGUGGAUCAGGCCGACCUUGGUGGUUAGGGAUAAGUACUUUCAGAAGGUACUGAAGAUCAUCCCGACGGAGGGUAUGAAGGGUGAUAAGGAUGGUGUGUUGGUGUGGGUGCCGACGGAGGAUGAGGAGGGUGGUGAGAGUGAGGAGGAAGAGGAAAGCGCGGAGUGAGUGAGUGAGUUUGGAGGGACAGGCUGAGAUACGUGGGUAUGUACAGAUGAUUAGGUUUAUGUUGUUGAUGGUGAGAUGGUGAGGAUAUGGAUGAAGAGGCUGUUACCUUUAGUUAUUUGAUAUAGAGGAAUUGAGGCGCACUCGUACGGUAGCCUACCUGGAUAGAGUGAAUGCUCAUAAUGAUGUUCUAUAUGUUGAAAAUACG